AUGACCUGUACAGCGCAAGCAGAUGUGCAAUCAGUCGGAAAGCUUCAUUCUGCAAGCCCUGCAGGCCUACUCGCUGUGGGCCCACUGCCCUCGCGGAAGCUCGCACUCCUCGUCCACGGCACAGAUGAGAAAGGUCUGGCGCAGGCUGUGGCAGCAGUGCCUGUGACCUCUGGACGCCACGGCGCAGACUUCCUUGUUCUGGGCUCCUCUGCGGCCUGGAAAGGUGAGGGCGGCAUCCUUGCGGCUGGGUACCUCACCCCGCUGUGGCAGAUUUCGUCAAGUGGUUGGGCAGAGCCGGAGCACCCCUUUGAAGGAGGAGGAGGACUUAUGCUUGUUGCGCCCGACCCAUCCUCUGCUCGGAUCAAAGCUUUCCGCUUGGGCUCCACUGCCACACCUGCAGCUCACUGCUCCGUGGAAAUGGAGGCCAUUACGAAGUCCGACAUGGACCUGGAAGGCAAAUGGCUUUAG